UGGUCUGGUCAUGUAUGCUUUCCGUAGAGAGGGAAUCCAAACCGCAAGAUUUUGAGUCGAGGACACAUCAUACGGUAUCGCUAACAUGCGGAUUUCACAUCUCCUGAUGCAUUUUACUUAAUAUCAGCGCAAUCUUAUUCAGACAGUCAAACUCUACACCCCAGAAAAUGGAUCAAGGCACGAUGGACGCCGACUGCAUUGCGCUACUCCCCGGAGUCCUUACAUUUUUGGCGGAUCCGAAGCAAUCUUUACCUGAUGACACUUGUCUAGAGAAGCUGCUGGACUGGCUUACAAACAUAAUCAAUGAAGAUGAUGACCGGAAUCUUCUUGACCAGCAGCCAUGCCUCCUGGAGUUCAUCUCCAGCAUGUGUGCAUCAAAAACUACAGAUCCCAUAAUCCUCUCCUUCACCCUCAAACUCACUGGCCUACUGGCUGCCACUGAGAGGGGCUUCAGUCGUUUAGAAGAGCGAGGCGUUGUGCAGGAGGCGUUUGCGUGCAAGGCCGAGGCCGAGGGGGAUGGAGGCGGCGGGGGCGUGCGUGCGCAGUGGGGGGAGGCGUCGGUGCGCUGCGGCUGGCUGCUGGGCCUCAGGGCCCUGCUGCAGCACCACCCGGCCAUGCUGUUCAUCAGCCAGCGCGGCCUCACCAAACUCAUCCUCCAAUUGCAGCGCGACAAGAGUCUCUUUGUCGCAGCCGCAGCCAAUCAGCUCCUCGCUCACAUCCUCAACUUCCCGCACCCACCAAUGACAGAGCAGCAGCAGCAGCAGCAGCAGCAGGGGACAGCCCAAGAGAACGGGAGCUCGGGCCCGGAAUGCAACACCGCCACCGUCACCGCAGAGAUCGUGGGGCAUGUCGGGGAAGCCCUGGUGUCCCAGGAGCACUUCCGUGUCCUCCAGGCGCUGAGGCUGCUGGCUCUGAGUCUGCCCGGCUGCGGAGCUCCUCUGCUGGGGAGCGUGUGGAGGGGGGCUUUGGGCCCUCUGGAGGUGCUCCUGGAGGCUGGGAUGAACAAGCUCUCCCUGCCCAUUAUGGAGGUCCUGCAUGCAGCCUCCACGACUGAGCUGUUCAGCCAAUCAGAUGCCAGAGUGGAGGAGCUGAUGAGGGCCACUCUGAGGGUGGGGGAGCCCAAGACAGCCAUCCAGUGUGCCUCAGCCAUCACACGCCUGCAGCACUGCUCAGAGCCAUUAAAGAGGUUGGCGGUGGGUAUAGUUCUCCAGCCUCUGGAGUUCAUCACUGGUUCUCCUCUCCAGAUACUGCCUAACGGUUCAGGGGAUGCUAAGCAGGCCAACAGCCACCAGCCUGCCCUGAGGGAACAGCUUUGCCAGAAGUCUCAGUGUAUCUCUCUGCUGUCUCUGUCCCUGAGCAGUGUGGCUGAGCUCAGUCUCGCAAAUUCCCUGUUUGUGGACGCCUCAGUGGAGGCUGUCACAGGAGCGGUGUUGCAGCUUCUGAAGGUGGGUCUCGGACAAAGCCCCUCCCCCUCGCCGCCCAACAAGGCCUACAUCCAACUGAUUGGCUGCAGCAGGGUCCAGAGGUGUGGUUUAGAUGCCCUGAUCAGCCUCAGUUCCUGUGAAGGUGUCCGAUGCCUCAGGCAGGAGGUGUUGGACCUGCUCCACCAGUGCCUCCAGCACCCCGACUCCGACCCCACGGUGCUACAGAAGACCUUGCAGGCGUUACUGAAGUGGAUCUGUUUAGACUCCUCUGACUGUUCAGAGAAAACACACUUCCUCACUCAGAGUCUAUUCCCAGCACUAAUGAAGCGUGUGUGUGACAUGCAUUGGGAAGUUAGGGACUCUACUCUGGAGUUCAUCACUCAGCUCAUCGUAAACUCUAGCGACUCCGUAGCCUUUAGCGGUGCUCUGCGGGGCAGUGGCAUUGUCUCUCUGCUGCUCGCCUGCCUGGAUGACUCGGAGGGUUACGUCAGAGCCAGCGCCAUCAGCGCCCUGGGACAAGCAGUGACUGCCGCUCAACACCAGGGGGAGACAAACACAAACUCACACCACAGCCUGCCGGAGGAAGUCCUGACCCGUCUGCUGGCCAUCUUGGCUCAAGACACAGAGGGCUUCCCCCGCCGCGCCGUCCUCAAGACAGUCACCAGUUGGCUCUCCAGGCCGCGCCCCCCUCCCGACCUCGACCAAUCCCUGUCUGCCCUGCUGACUCUGGGCAUUGACGACUUCGACUGGGAGGUCAAAGUUCACACCCUGGAGCUGGCCGAGAUGGUAAUGGACAAGACGCUGAGUCGUGGCUCCCUCACGGAGGCCUUGGAGAGGCUCCAGGAGUAUGGGGUGUUCGGUGUCCUCUUCAAAGGUCUUCUCGACUGCGACCGGCCAGUCGCCCAGAAGGCCUGCCAGCUGUUGCUCAAGCUCCGAGAGGUCCUGGAGGUCAAAGGUGAGUCGGCGGGGUCGCCGCCCGGGGACACGCCCACGUUCCAUCUCCAGAGCCACCAAUGGGGCGAGGACUUGCUGAGGAAGUGUAAGGGUGUCAAUGGCGAUUCUGAUUGGCCCAGAGAGGGGGUGCCGGCAGGUGAUUGGCCGAAGGGGGAGGAGGUGAGCCUGAGGGAGGUGGUGGGGCGGCUGGACCUGGAGGGCAUGAGGCAGGCGCUGGCACGGAGUAGUGACCACGCCAUGGCGUCACCGCGCUCACUCAUGGAGGACAUCCUGGCCGUAGCGCAACGGAGCGACGACAACGCCGUGGACUGCUACUGAGGACACACACACACACACACACACACACACACACACACAUGCAAAUACACAUUCUCCUGCAUGCAACUAAAACAUAAGAGUAAAGGCACUUUCAGUAACGACUUACAACAUCUUACAAUAACUUUUUGACUUGGAGCAACUCGGAUUCACACACUCAUAAAAGCAAGUGCAUUUUUUUAAUCUGUCAAAAAAGUAUGAUGUCUUCCCUGUGACGCACCCUGUGCUAUAAUUUAAUGCAAGCAUGAUAAUAAAGAUGUAUUAUUUUGAA